AAUGGUGGCCCAAUUAAAUUACUAUAAAAGCUCUACGCACGCCAUUGACAAAAUUCAUGAGCCAUCGAAAGAAAACUUCAAACUUCAAAAGCACACAAAUCGUGCAUCUUUCUUCUUUCUUCAUAUCCAUUUCUUCAAUUACACACAAAACCCAGAAAAUCAAAAAGGGGUUUUAUACAAAUCCCAAUUUUUUUUGCUUUCAAUUUUUCGAAUUCAGUGGGAAAUGGUACUGAUUCAGCACCAACAACAGCAGCAGGAAGAAGAAGCAAUAAUAGGAAGAGAAAGAGGGAAAAAGGGAAUGCGAAUAGGGAAAUACGAGCUAGGAAGAACUCUAGGAGAAGGUAAUUUUGGGAAAGUGAAAUACGCAAAACAUACAGAUUCAGCCCAAACUUUUGCUAUUAAGAUUUUGGAAAAACAUCGGAUCCACGAUCUUCGAAUCACCGAUCAGAUUCAGAAUUUAGUGGUUUUGGGUUUUAUUGGGUCGGAGCUACAUAGAAUCGAGGGGGUCAUCAUUCACGCAAUUUCCCCCGUCCAUCAAUUGAUCACACGAAUAAAGAGAGAGAUUCGAACAUUGAAAGUUCUCAAGCAUCCAAAUGUGGUUAGAUUAUAUGAGGUAUUAGCGAGCAAAACUAAGAUUUACAUGGUGUUGGAAUAUGUAAAUGGUGGUGAAUUAUUUGAUAGAAUUGCUUCUAAAGGGAAACUUUCAGAAACACAAGGCAGAAAACUAUUUCAACAAUUAAUUGAUGGUGUUAGUUAUUGCCAUGACAAAGGUGUCUUCCAUAGAGACCUCAAGCUAGAGAAUGUUCUCAUUGAUGGAGGGAGAAAUAUAAAAAUAACAGAUUUUGGACUAAGUGCAUUGCCUCAACAUCUUAGGGAUGAUGGCUUGUUGCAUACAACAUGUGGUAGUCCCAACUAUGUUGCUCCUGAAAUUCUUUCUAACAGAGGCUAUGAUGGUGCAACAUCAGAUACUUGGUCCUGUGGUGUCAUCUUAUAUGUCAUCCUCACUGGAUUCUUACCCUUUGAUGAUAGAAACCUUGCAGUGCUUUAUCAAAAGAUUUUUAAAGGGGAUGCUCCAAUACCAAAGUGGUUAUCAUCAGGAGCAAAGAAUCUUAUAAAGAGGAUUCUUGAUCCAAAUCCACAAACUAGAAUAACAAUGGCAGAGAUUAAAGAGGAUGAAUGGUUUAAACAAAACUAUACUCCUGUAAAUCCUGAUGAAGAGGAAGAUUUGGAAGGUGAUGAUGCAUCCUCAGAUGAUGAAGUGAUGACAGUACAUGAUGCACCACUUGACAUAGAAAGAGAUCCAGAAUCACCUUCUCUUAUCAAUAAUGCAUUUCAACUCAUAGGAAUGUCCUCAUGCCUUGAUCUUUCUGGAUUUUUUGAAAAUGAGGAUGUUUCUGAGAGGAAGAUCAGGUUCACAUCUAAUCUCUCUCCAAAAGAAUUGCUAGAUAGGAUUGAGAAUUUAGCAGUUCAAAUGGGAUUUCAAGUCCAGAAAAAACCUGGAAAGUUAAAAGUAUUGCUAGAGUACAAAGGUCAAAAAACUCAAGCCAGUCUUUCAAUAGUAGCAGAGGUUUUCGAGAUUAGUACAUCCUUGUAUGUUGUAGAGUUACAAAAAUUUUCCGGGGAUUCUGCAGUAUAUAGACAGUUGUGUAAUAGAUUAUCAGAUGAAUUGGGAGUCCAGCAAAGUGAAGAACUCCUGUCCAACCUAAUGGUGAAAGAUGGAAAUCAUACCAGUGAUUCAGCCCAUUCUUUAUCGUCUGAGAAGCAAGAAUUACUUCAACAACUGAGAGUAACAGAGUAGAAGACAGUAAAUGAGAUGCAACUAUAAAUAUAGGUCAUUUGUAAUAGACAUAUAACAGCUGUUGAAUAAGAAAAGUCUGCGUUAAAUAUAAGUUUCUUUCGUUUUCCCCCUCUGCUAACUCUGAAGCAGCUGUUAUUUUGUACAUUCACAUAGCUUUGUUAAAAAGGGCACACCCCGCGACAUGUUAUGAAAUGAAACUAUCAAUAAAGGGCAAAAACAGUUCACUUAGUCGA